CCUCACCCUACCCCCAACCCCCACCCGACUCUAAAACCGAGGGUAUCUUGACCAUGGACUCCGCGUCCAUCAUGAUGCCCUCUUCACCGGGCCAUGUCGCCUCGUUACCAUACACAAACGGCCAUUUGUCGCCUCUCGCAGCCCAUAUGACGACCGUCGAUAGCUCCUCCCAACACAGCGACAACGACCAAUCCGACACGCAAGAGGCUGCCGCGGUCGACGAAGCCUCCGAUGUCGACGCGCCGGGCGAGGAGUACGACGAAGACGAUGAGGUAGCCGCUGCUUCAGACUCGUCUGAGGAUGUCGAUGCAGAGGGCGAGCCAGACGGCGACUACGACUCUGAGUCACCGCCGUCUGAACAGGCAGAGAGCGACCGCGCCCGCAGUUCAUCAGAAGAGUCAAGGCGGCCACCGAAGCGGAAGGCUAGCGAUGAGAAGGAGGACUACAUCGAACAGAACCCGGAGCUAUAUGGUCUGCGUCGCAGCGGUCGUGCCCGCCCUAGUCGUCGCGUCGUCGAUAGUGAUGAUGAAGAUGAUGAAGACUACAGUUCUGAUCAGCCCCGCAAGCGACAGAGGACAGCCUCGCGGAAGACCUCAAACCAAGCCACACCAGUCUAUCGCUCAGCCGGCUCCGACUCCGAGUCGGAUGGCUACGUUGGCGCCCGUCGCAACAUCCCUACCAAGAAGCAACGCCAACGUCAGCAUGCCGUUGCCGCAGGCCGCGAGCCCCCAUCACAAGCCGAGGUCCGAUUCUCUGCACGUCGCACUGCCCAAGUCGCCAACUACAAUGAGGAAGAAGACGAGGACGAGUUCGUGGAAGAGGACGAUGAAAUGACCCCCAACUACUGGGCGACCGCGCCUGAAGACGCUGGCCCCAUCAUCGACAAGAUCCUCGACCACCGGCCGAAGGAUGGACUAGAAAUGGAUCCGUCGUUCGACAAGCGAGACUUCGAAUACUUGGUUAAAUGGCAAGACAAGGCACACUACCACUCCACGUGGGAAGACUACAAGACGGCAGCUUCGUACAAGGGCUACCGUAAGCUGGACAACUACUACAAGGGCCCUGUCCAGAACGACAUGUAUGUCUACAGCCGCAAGAACGCCGACCCGGAAGAGUACGAGCAGCACAUGGUUGCACGCGAAGCCGAGCGCGAGAGUCAGCUCGACUUCCACGUCGUGGAGCGUGUGAUCGACUCGCGAGACGGCGAAGACGAGACAGAGUAUUUUGUCAAGUGGAAGGGAUUGACUUACGAGUUCUGUACCUGGGAACCCGCGUCGCUCGUCAGCCGGUUAUCGCAAUCCGAGAUUGACCGAUUCCUCGACCGCUCAUCGAACCGGCCCUCCUCCGAUGCCCGCGAGGCGAAUCCGAACACUCGCAGGAAGUUCGUCAAGUUGGACACCCAGCCUGACUACAUCAAGUUUGGCCAGCUGAGGUCCUUCCAACUUCAGGGUGUCAACUUUCUUGCGCACAACUGGUGUCGUGGCACAAACGUCAUCCUUGCCGAUGAGAUGGGUCUGGGAAAGACAGUGCAGACGGUGUCCUUCAUCAACUGGCUGAGGCAUGAUCGGAGGCAAGACGGCCCCAUGAUCUGUGUCGUGCCAUUGUCGACCAUGCCUGCCUGGGCAGACACAUUCAACAACUGGACACCGGAUGUCAACUACGUUAUCUACACCGGUAGAGAAGAAGCCCGCAGCAUCAUCCGAGAGAAGGAGCUGCUGGUUGACGGCAACACCAAGAAGAUCAAGUUCAACGUGCUCCUCACUACAUACGAAUACGUUCUUGCCGACUGGCAAUUUCUGCAGAGCAUUAGCUGGCAAUUCCUCGCUGUCGAUGAGGCGCACCGACUGAAGAACCGCGAGUCGCAGCUGUACGAUAGGCUGCGACAGUUCAAGGCACCAUGUCGACUUCUAAUCACUGGUACCCCCAUCCAAAAUACACUUGGAGAGUUGGCUGCCCUGAUGGACUUCCUCAUGCCGGGAAAGAUCCAGGUUGAUGAGAACGUCGAUCUUGCUUCGGAAGACGCCAGCCACAAGCUUGCCGAACUCAGCUCAGCAAUUCAGCCAUACAUGAUUCGCCGCACCAAGGAGAAGGUGGAGAACGAUCUACCUCCCAAGUCUGAGAAAAUUCUCCGUGUCGAGUUGUCCGACAUUCAGCUUGAGUACUACAAGAACAUCCUCACGCGCAAUUACGAGGCUCUGAACGAGGGUGGCGUAGGCCACAAGCAGUCUCUAUUGAACAUUGUCAUGGAGCUCAAGAAGGCGAGUAACCAUGCUCUGCUCUUCCCCAACGCUGAGAACAAGCUUGUAAAGCCUGGUGCGACAAAGGACGAGACCCUGAAGGCCCUCAUCACCUCCAGUGGUAAGAUGAUGUUACUGGACCGACUGCUUGGAAAGCUCAAGGCCGACGGUCACCGUGUACUCAUCUUCAGUCAGAUGGUCCACAUGUUGGACAUCUUGACCGACUACCUGAAGUUGCGAAACUACCCCUUCCAACGUCUGGAUGGAACUGUUCCCGCAGCAGAGAGGAAGAUUGCCAUUGACCACUUCAACUCUCCCGGCAGCGAGGACUACUGCUUCCUUCUGUCGACUAGGGCUGGUGGUCUCGGUAUCAACCUGAUGACUGCUGACACUGUUGUUAUCUUCGACUCAGAUUGGAACCCUCAGGCUGAUUUGCAAGCCAUGGCCCGAGCUCAUCGUAUCGGCCAGCAGAAGCCCGUGAGCGUCUACCGUCUUGUCUCCAAAGACACCAUCGAAGAGGAGAUUCUGGAGCGCGCUCGUAACAAGCGCAUGCUGGAGUUCAUCACAAUCCAGCGUGGUGUCACCGAUCGUCAACAGAAGGAGCUCAACGAUAAGAUGAGCCGUGCUGCAGCAGAGCCCAACUCCGCCGACGACAUUAACAACAUCCUCAAGCGCCGCGGACAGAAGAUGUUCGAGCAGUCUGGCAACCAGAAGAAGCUGGAAGAGCUCGACAUUGACUCAGUCCUGGAGAACGCUGAGGAGCACAAGACUGAGCAGGCUGCCGGUCUUACAUCUGAUGGUGGCGAAGAGUUCCUCAAGAACUUUGAGUACACAGAUGUCAAGAUCGACCUUGAAUGGGACGACAUUAUUCCAAAAGAAGAGCUGGAGGCGGUCAAGGCCGAUAUCCAGCAGCGGAAAGAUGAAGAAGAGACCCAGAAGCUUCUCGAGGAAAGCGCACCCCGGAAGCGGAAAGCAGCCUCAGCCAGCGCACGGGAGCAGCGAGCGGCCAAGAAGCGAGCACUUGAGGCUACCAACGUUGAAGCCGAUGACGACGAGCAAUCGGAGCCAGACGACAACGUCAAGCGCGACCCCAAGCGGCCUCUCAACACGAAGGAGGCUCGUAACCUCAUCGGCGCCUAUUGUCGAUACGGUUCGCUCGAGGAGCGUGGCGAAGAGAUGCUCCGCGCAGCCAGGCUUGUUGGUCGCGACAUGGAGGUCGUCAAAGCCACCCUUGAUGAGAUCGUCUCCAUGAGCAUGCAACUCGUCAAGGAUGAGCAGACUAGACUCAAGAACCUGGAGGCCGAGACCAAGCGCCCAAUCACGAAGAAGGAUAAGAAGGCUGUUCUUUUCGACUUCGGCAAGGUCAAGAAGGUCAAUGCAGAGACUAUCCUGGAGCGACCUAUCGAGAUGCGCGUUCUCAAGGAAGCAGUUGCGGCAACUCCCGAGUGGCGCAACUUCCGCGUACCUGACGCCAUCAAGCCUGCAAGCUACUCCUGUCCCUGGGGCGCACGCGAAGAUGGUAUGCUUUGCAUUGGCAUCCAACGCCACGGGUACGGUGCAUGGAUUCCCAUCCGUGACGAUCCAGAGCUUGGUCUUACCGACAAGUUCUAUCUCGAAGAGCAUCGUGUCGAUAAGAAGGAAGAGCGCACGAAGACUGAAGAGAAGAACGCCAAGUCUCCUGGCGCUGUGCAUCUAGUCCGUCGCGCGAACUACCUCCUCACCGUGCUCAAAGACAAGAGCACAACGGAUCCCAAUGUUAAGCGCUUGAUGGAGAACCAUCACCGCAACAACAAGAAGCAUCAGCUUAACAUUGCGCGCCGGACAGACAAGGGAGUCUCUGCCAGCCCCGCUCCAGCUGGCUUAGCACGUAAGAUGCAAGGACGGGAUUUAGAGCGUCCUUCGCAUCGGGCAAACAGCAGCAGCGACAUUCGACGUCCUGAUAGCCGGACUGAAGGCCGCCAUCACGAUAGGAAACGUGAUGACCGCCCUAGAAACAGCGACCAGUACAGGCCCUCGGACUCCCACCGCAAGGACCACCGCAAUGACCGCGACAGCGUUGAUCGUCGUGCCCACCCCUCUGAUCGGAACGGCACGCCAGAGAACCGCCGAAAGAUCAGUGGCGACAUUGAUAGGCCGCGUAUUAAGGAUGAUCGGCCUCGCCUUUCUGAGGACCGCCCACGCUCUCAUAGCCAGAGCCAAGUGCCUGACCGCAGCGUGGAAACACCCAAGCCCAAGGAGAAGAAGUCAGACGACUUCCUUGAGCGUAAGCUCCGGCCUGUGCGCGACAAUCUCAGCCGCCUUAAAAAGGCGACGCCGAAGAACUACCCGCAGAAGGAAGCGAUGCUCAGGAUCCUUAAGACAGAGCUGAUCGCUAUCGGUAACUUCAUCCGUGCAGAGACCAAAAACAAUCAGGAGCUCGAGGAUCGUCUAUGGACUUUCACCAUCAACCACCACUGGCCUCGGCCCGGUGUGACUGUCGCAGCGGUCAAGGGCAUGUACAGCAAGAUGGUGAGCUCUGAAAAGCCAGCUGCGGCUGCGGCUCCGGUUCCGGCUCCGACGAACGGCCAAAACAACGGCGCCUGAGCACUUCUCCACGUACACACACA